AUGGCAAAGAAGCAGAAGAAGAUCCGCAAGGGCGUCACGCGUGGAAUCGCGCACAUCAAGGCGACCCACAACAACACCCUCAUCACCGUCACCGACACCAACGGCGAAGCGCUCGCGUGGGACUCCGCUGGAACCAUCGGUUUCAAAGGUGCUCGUAAAGCGACCCCAUUCGCGGCAACGCGUGCCGGUGAGCAGGUCGGACAGAAGGUCCGCAAGAUGGGUAUGAGCGAGAUCGAAGUCAAGAUUACUGGCGCCGGAGCAGGUCGCGAGAACGCCGUGUCGGGUCUCGCCUCGACUGGUCUUCGUGUGACCGCGAUAGAAGACCACACUCCGGUGCCUCACAACGGCUGCCGUCCAAAGAAGAAGCGCCGGCGUCAAUCUGUGAACCGCGUGAAGAAUCAGGACCCUCAAGUCCCUGCUGCGGAGAAAAGAAUCAUGCGUGUACGCUGGCGCGGGCUCGAACUGCCCUCCCGGGUGACCCCGGACGACAAGUUUAAAGCCGAUACCUUCGGUCGCUUUACCAUCGAACCAUUCGAGCGUGGUAUGGGUACAACCAUCGGUAACUCACUUCGCCGAAUCCUGCUCUCUUCGCUUGAAGGCGCUUCGGUGACCGCUGUCAAGAUCAGCGGGGCUGAGCACGAGUUCACAUCGAUGACGGGCGUCCUUGAAGACACCACCGACAUCAUCCUCAAUAUCAAGAACCUGAUCGUGAAGCUCGAAGGCGAUGAACCUCGCGUCAUGAAGCUCGCGGCACAAGGACCUGGUGAAGUGACCGCUGACCUCAUCGAAGCGGACACCAAUGUCACCAUCGUCAACAAAGACCUCGUCAUCGCUACGUUGACUGAAGCUGUGCCGUUCGAGAUGGAGAUCCAUGUCGAUAAGGGACGCGGCUACAUCCCGGUCUCCGAGCAAGACCUGAAGAACGAAGAUCAAGAGAUCGGUGUCAUCCCGGUCGACGCGAUCUACUCCCCAGUCCAGCGUGUUCGCUACCAGGUCGAGAACACCCGCGUGGGUCAGAAGACCAACUACGACAAGCUGAUCAUGGAAAUCUGGACAGACGGCACUGUCACUCCAGAAAUGGCGCUCGUCGAAUCGGGCAAAAUCCUCCGCAAGCACCUCAACCCAUUCGUACAGUACUUCGAGCUGGGUGAGGAGCGCGUCUCGGAGAACGCAGCGGCUGCAGCUGGCGUGGACGAGGAACUCAUCCGCAAGCUCAACAUGCCGACCGAGCAGCUCGAUCUCUCGGUGCGUGCGAGCAACUGCCUCGAGUCCGCUCGUUUGGACACCGUUGCACAGCUGGUCGUGAUGACCGAGCCGGAACUGCUCAAGCUCCGCUCGUUCGGACGCACCUCGCUGCGUGAAGUGAAGCGUAAGCUUCAGGACAUUGACCUUGACCUCGGGAUGGAACUCCCAGAGGGAUACACAAUCAAUCAGUGA